UCGCGAGAAAAUAUAAAGGAAGUAGUGGAAACUAGUACACCGUCUUCAGUGUCUUUUGGCUUCACCAUGGCACCAACAAGUGCUCUACCAAUUUGGGGCAAUGAGGCGACCAUGAACCUAAAUAGCCUCAUAUUAACUAAUAUACAGUCAUCGCCGUAUUUCAAAGUUAAUCUGUAUGAGCUGAAGACGUACCAUGAAGUCAUAGAUGAGAUUUAUUAUAAGGUAACUCACCUUGAACCUUGGGAGAAGGGUAGCAGGAAGACAGCUGGGCAGACAGGAAUGUGUGGAGGGGUCCGAGGUGUUGGAGCUGGUGGCAUAGUCUCCAGUGCGUACUGUCUUCUCUACAAACUGUACACACUGAAGUUGACCAGGAAGCAAGUGAAUGGACUUAUUACACACACAGACUCUCCUUACAUCAGGGGACUUGGUUUUAUGUACCUCAGAUACACACAACCCCCUGCUGACCUCUGGGAGUGGUACGAACCUUACCUUGAUGAUGAGGAGGAAAUCGAUGUUAAAGCUGGAACUGGGCAUGUCAUGACAAUAGGAGAAAUGUUACGACAAUGGCUCACCAAACUAGAGUGGUACUGCACGUUGUUUCCACGCAUUCCCGUGCCGGUGCAGAAGAGCAAUCAACAGCGUCUACGAGAGCGCCAGUUUGCCCGUCCCGUCCGUGUGGCUGGAGGAGAGGAAGAAGAGGAGCAAAGCGCUGAUAGACGGAUCCCCGAUGAAGAUGUGUCCUUUGGUGAAGCUGCUCGGAUGUCCAGAGUAAGAAGAUCUAAAACCCCAGAACGCCGCCCUAGAUCUCCCUUCAGGAAAAAAAGCCCACCCUUUGAUAUCGCCAAAGAAAUUGAGAAAGAACGUGAUCGUCAACAGAGAGAUGGCCAUUCCAGGAGCAGAGAUGGAAGAGAACAUCAGAGGUCAAGGUCAAAAGACAGGCAUCGGGAUGAUUACAGGUCGAGACAUCGAUCACGGUCCCGUGAGAGAGUAAAAAGCUCAAGACACCGGUCUCGCUCAAAAGAAAGGUCUAAGCACCGCUCCCGAUCCAAAGAAAGAUCAAAGCACAGGUCCAGGUCAAAGGAACGGUCGCGGCAUAGGUCGCGCUCUAAAGAUAGAACAAGACACAGGUCUCGAUCAAAAGAGAAGUCAAAACACCGCUCUCGUUCCAAAGACCGAAAAAGAUCACGCACACCAGAUAGGAAAUAUUCAAAGCAUGAAAAAAGUAGCAAACAUCGAAGAAGCAGGUCUAAAGAGACUUCUUUUGAGAGAGAUCUGAGAAAAGAAAAGGAGAGACAAGCCGAGAAAAACAGCUAGUAGACUAAAUGGAGAAGUUCAGAUCUCUCAAAAGAGACGUAACUCUAGUGUACAGCACUGCUUUUUAUAAACGUUCUUGUAGGAAAAGUUUUUAUGAUGUUUUAGCGGCUGUCACUGUCAUGUAACUCAUUUGAUUGAUUUCAGAAGAGUUUGCAAUGCUCUUAAAUAAGAGUAGAGCAUUUUCUUUUUUAAAAAUUUGCAUUAGAGGUUUCCACACGCUCUUCUUGACGUUAAUAAAUGAAUUUGACAAGACCAAAAUAUCCUCUGGUCUCAUCUCUGAACUACAAGUUCUCCAUUACUGGAGGCAUGAGGCACUGAAUGUGACAUCACAUUUUUCAGGAAAGCUCCACAAUGAGAUUCAUUUAAAAUAUGACCAACAUAUUAAGUGAAAAAAAAUUGCUAGGAUAAUUUGACAAAACUUCUAUCAUCAUGUGUACAUACAACGUAAUUCAUAGUGAUUGUAAGUAACAUAUAUUUUUAUUUUUAAGUUGUCGUUUUCAAAAACAUCUUUCAGAAAAGACAAAUCCUUUGUCUUGUUGAUGGAUUAUAAGUGUCAAAUAUAUAAAUUAGAAAAAAUAAACAUUUUAAUAUUAAACAUCAGGAAUGCUGUGUGACUUAUGCAACAAACCACUGUAAUCUGCAUAGCCAAAAAAAGCAUUACACUUGGUUUAUUUCACUUCCCUUAGACAGAGAUGCAUUGACCUUGAAAUUUUAAAAAUAUGUGAAAAGCAUAUGGUAAGGGAAUUUUUUUAUGCAAGAGUCCAAAUUUAAAUUGAGCAUUCCUGCAUGUAUUAAAAAUGUCUUAAUCUCACAAUUCUCCCUUACAUGUUAACCUGCUAAAGGCAACAUUGUUGCUCAUUCUGAGUUCAUUCUAUUUUAGUAAUUUCUGUAAAAAAUUGAUUCCUUAGU